CCAGUAUUGGAUCAAAUGUCACUCAUGUCAUGUAACCCGGAUCAAUUCUUUCUAUUGACUGGAUGGAUAGUAAUAAAAAGCAAUGGUUUCAACUGGACAGUAAAUGAAACGUUAAUUUCAAAAAUCUAGGAUGGAUAAAAUAGCCACCUAACUCAAACGCUUGAGAAAGCCGCAUAUUUAAUAAUGCUAUUCGUAUCAGACGUCACAGAUUCAUGUGCGCAACAUAUACAGCCAGCCUAUCGCAAAAGAGUUAUCGCACGCGGGGAAGUCAGUGAAAAGAUCUUUUCAAGUAGGGCUAAGAAGGAAGGCGUACCGAUCUUAGAACCUUGACAUUCCCAGUGUGACAAGAUGAAGAACCUCAAUUACGUUUGUCCUAUUUACCUCAGUUCAAAACGUUAAACUAAUAUUGCUAAUUAUUGCGAAAUUGCAAAGAGUGUAAAAGCAACUCAGUUUCUAAUAGUUAGGUUAUGUUGGGCGAAAAUUCGACAGCUCAAACGCCGUAUUACAUUAUCAAUCGGUCAUUCGACAAAAAUAAAUGUUUUUCCUCGCUUCGCUGACUUGUACCAGCUAUUUGACGGGUUGAAAAAAACUUUCUUAGUUAUCUCACUCCGUACCAAUAACUAAUUUAUUAUUGCCAUUUCAGAGUUUGACUUAAAUUAUUUCAUUGAAGAUGUCUCGAUUCCAUCAAUAAUGUAAAGAACUGUAGGAUGGGAAAUGCUCUAAUUUGUUUGUUCAAACGUUGGUUUGGCAAGCAUGAUCUUCGUCUGUUGAUGGUUGGCCUCGAUGCUGCAGGGAAAACAACAAUUUUAUAUCAACUUAAAUUAAAUGAACCGAUUUCUAAUACGAUGCCAACAAUUGGUUUCAACGUGGAAAGUGUUGAAUACAAGAACAUUAAUUUUACAGUGUGGGAUAUUGGAGGUCAAGACAAAAUAAGAAAAUUAUGGCGUUUAUACUUUCAAAAGACAGAAGGACUAAUAUUCGUCGUGGAUAGUAAUGAUAGAGACAGAAUUGAAGAAGCUAAAUCUGAACUUUUUCAUUUAAUAAAAGAAGAGGAUUUGCGUCAAUGCGUGAUAUUAGUUUUUGCCAACAAACAAGAUCUUCCAUUAGCAAUGGGUACAACACAGUUAGCAAAAAGACUAGGCCUGCACACUUUGUGUGGCAGGAAAUGGUACAUUCAAGCGACAUGUGCCACAAAAGGUACAGGAAUUUACGAAGGAUUAGAUUGGUUAUCAAAGCAAAUACACAGCCGAAAUUAAUAAAAACAUUAACAUUGCCAAGGUGUACCACGUAUGUACAAGAUGUAGGAUUAAAAAUAAAAGAUGUGUCAAUCAAUGGCAUGACAAAAAUGUAGAUAUUAUCAUGUAAACAUCGAGUUAAAUCACAUUACUGCAAUAA